GGAUAAAGUUAAGGGGAUGGGGGAGGACAGGGAAGACAGGGCGACAGAAGCAGAAAAAUCAAUUCAAAUUACUCUGAUGCCGGUGACUUGGAGUCUGGGCUGCUAGCGGAGCUCAGGAUGCUGGCGGCCCGGAGCGGGGCGGCGGGGAACCAGAUCGCAGAGGACAGCACCAGGCUACGGAAGCAAUCUGGGCUUUCCGUCGGGGGCAAAGACAGAUCUCCCAAGAAAGCCUCAGAAGGUGGGAAGGACGGCAGCCUCAGCCCGUCGGGGCCGGCCCGGCUCAGGGUGCGGCCCGUGGCUCUGGGGCGCGACGUGGAGCUGAGCUGGUACCUGAGGCUCCAGGAGCUGUCCAGCGAGCACACGACCGCCUGCACCACGGGCAUGCCCCACAGGAAUCUUGGAAAAUCAGGACUCAGAGUUUCUUGUUUGGGUCUUGGAACAUGGGUGACAUUUGGAGGUCAAAUUUCAGAUGAGGUUGCUGAACGGCUGAUGACAAUUGCCUACGAAAGUGGAGUGAAUCUCUUUGACACUGCUGAAGUCUAUGCUGCUGGAAAGGCUGAAGUGAUUCUGGGGAGCAUCAUCAAGAAGAAAGGCUGGAGGAGGUCCAGCCUGGUCAUAACAACCAAACUCUACUGGGGUGGAAAAGCUGAAACGGAAAGAGGGUUGUCAAGAAAACAUAUUAUUGAAGGAUUGAAAGGCUCCCUCCAGAGGCUGCAGCUGGAGUAUGUGGAUGUUGUCUUUGCAAAUCGACCAGACAGCAACACCCCUAUGGAAGAAAUUGUUCGAGCCAUGACACAUGUGAUAAACCAAGGAAUGGCCAUGUAUUGGGGGACCUCGCGGUGGAGCGCCAUGGAGAUCAUGGAAGCCUAUUCUGUAGCAAGGCAGUUCAAUAUGAUCCCACCGGUCUGUGAACAAGCUGAGUACCAUCUUUUUCAGAGAGAGAAAGUGGAGGUUCAGUUACCAGAGCUCUACCAUAAAAUAGGAGUUGGAGCAAUGACAUGGUCUCCACUUGCCUGUGGAAUCAUCUCAGGAAAAUAUGGAAAUGGAGUGCCUGAAAGUUCUAGAGCUUCGCUGAAGUGCUAUCAGUGGCUGAAGGAAAGAAUUGUAAGUGAAGAAGGCCGAAAACAGCAAAACAAGCUUAAAGACCUUGCCCCGAUUGCUGAGCGUCUGGGAUGCACACUACCUCAGCUAGCUGUUGCGUGGUGCCUGAGGAACGAGGGCGUGAGCUCCGUGCUCCUGGGCUCCUCCACGCCCGAGCAGCUCGUGGAGAACCUCGGCGCCAUCCAGGUUCUCCCAAAGAUGACAUCACACGUGGUAAAUGAAAUUGAUAACAUAUUGCGAAACAAGCCCUACGGCAAAAAGGACUACCGAUCCUAAGUGCAUGAGUCGUGGGACCUGCAUGGGUAAACCGCGGUCUGUCCGUACAGAACGGUGUCACUAGCCGGCCUUGAGUCACUUAGCAGCCUGCUGCUCAACCUCUAGUAUUCCCGGAUCCUGAGGUACCUGCUGUCGCUACCACUGUGCACCCGAGUUACGAGCACAUCUGAAAACUCACAACCAAGAAAAUCCAUUCUAUUUUCUUAUCUUGGACUGGAGUCACCUAGUGUUGCACCUCAUGCUUACGCCACAGAGAGUAUGCGAGGGGGAGGCCUGUCACCUUCAGGCACUUAGUAACUUGAAGGCUGUACAGAUAUAUUUUUUCAAAUGCAUAAAAUCCGCAGAUGCAACGUGGGCUGCAUCAGAAAAGAGUAGGCUACGUUCACUCAGAAGUCUUACUUGGGAGAAUAAGCAGAAACAACUUCACAUUUUUUUUUCUAUUUCUACAGUAAAGAGUUGUUUCCCUUGUCCUUCAACAAAAAUAAAAUUCCAAGGUAUGCUUUCAUUACCUUUUAAAAAUAUUCACUGUUGUUUGGCCCGAAGAAUGCCCUGUAUUGUAAUUUACCCGAAGUAUCUAUUAGGAUCCUAUUAGCAUCAUGUCCAUUCACACGUAAAGGUGGUGAAAGGAUGGUGAAAGGACGAACACCACGUCUUUACCUUGACACAUUAUAUGCCUAAUUUAGAAAAGGGAGGAUUACACUGCUAUGGAAGCUUAGCCUUGAACAAAAUGUAAUAUAUCUGCAAUUGAAGUGUUCACUUUUGACUACAUUUUAUUAAAACCUGCUUUAUACUUUGGACUGCUUGUAGGCACAGCUUCUGCAAGUUUAAAUAUUUGAGCUUUAAAAAUAAAUAGACACAUGCUCAGUUUUGUAAGUAAACCUGUAAAAUACCCACAAAGGCAAAUGUUUGCUGUUUAAUUAGCACUGGGACUUUAUAAUAGAACACUGGUUUUUGAGGAGUUAACAUGAAAGGGAAUCACGGACUUCGUGAAAAAUGCUGUCACUGCUCAGCAUAUGCUGGGUGAAUGAACCUGCCUAGUAAAAAGCAAAUGUUAGAAAAUUUCCUGAUUUUAUAACCACAUUAUAUGCACUAAACUAAUGCAUGAAAGUUCUCUGCAUGGAUGGGAGGGGCCUAGCCUCCUUGCACACAGAAGCUGAGGGCUAACUCGUUACCUACCCUCAUGAAUAUUCCACUUGAAAAAAACCUGAGAAUAUCUUGUGUGUACCUGUAAGGAGGGAAAACUCCGGGGGGGGGGGGGGGGGGGGGGGGGCUAUGUCUCUAUUUGGAUACCUGAGCAUGUACAAGAUUCUGAUUUUCUGGCUAGCAGUACCCCAUAGGGAAGCCACUCUGAGAUGUAAAGAAUAGACUAUCGGCUUAAAAUGCUACUUUCUGUCACCAUUUCCAAAUACGUAUUUCAUGACUUAAAUUCUAAAUCUUAAAGUGUUAAUGUGAAACACCAAUACAUUUUUUUUUGUUACUACUACCUGUAUUUUAAUAAGAAAACAGUUGGUUUUUUUGCCCAGUAGUACCAGAUUAAUGAUGGAUCAUCCUUCAGUUGUUCAUUGUAUUAAGCCAGUGAACCGCUGUCUGCAUAAAUGAGCUCAAGUUGUCUAAUUGGAACUGCAAUUUAACUUACUUGCUUAGAGUAAUAAAAGCAUUUUGUGCAUUUAA